AUCUCGACUCCUCCAACACCACCCACCUCCAGAAUCCCAGAUCCCCACCGCGCCCAUUGGGUCACGCUGCCACGACUAGUUAAGCAUAGUGCAGCCUAAAUUCCUGCUCAUGAGUCCUGGAAAUGUGCUGCAUCGCCGCACGCCAGCUCCUGUGUCUGGUGUGCGUCACGGGGGUUGACUACGGGGGACGCAUGAUAAAAGCGUCGCGUGUCGCAUGUCGAGGAGGGGAGCUGAACUGUCGUGUCUUGAUUGAUAUUCGUUCGCGCGUUCCUUUAAUUCUCUGGGUUCUGUUCUUAUUUCUCAUCUUUUCUGGGUUGUUCUUCUUAGUGUGGUUCGCAGUGUGGCAUCACGACAAAGAACAUCAAGACAAAGGCUUUCUAAGUGGCAACACGGUUAUAUACCACACCAUUGUACCCUUUGCCACAACCAACGUUACUCUCCUGUCUACACUGUCGAAUUCGUCAAACAAACAACAGUUUAUUUGUCUUAUAUAUACUACGAUCAAUAUAUUUCCACCGCUGGCAUGAAGCUACCCUACACCAUCAUGGCAAUUUGCCUAGCCGGCAUCGCAGCCGCG